AUGGCAGAGGAGCACGGAGGACGAGGGCAGCCUUCACACCACAGAGAAGACCCUUCAUUUGCGCGCGACGACGAGGCCCGCCAGAGGCUCCACCACGCAGGACCACUGCCACCUUCUGCUGACCAGCGGUAUCCCGACGACGCUCGAUCCAGACCAGCCAUGGCUGCUCCCUUGACUUUGCCAGCCAUCCAGGACCAUUAUGGCCAGCAGCCACCCUACCAGAGAGGUUAUCCGCCACAGGACCCGCGUGGCGACCCCAGAGGCGACCCAAGAGGCGACCCAAGAGGCGACCCAAGAGGCGAUCCUCGUGGUGACCCUCGCGCAGACUCUCGAGCCGGCAAUUACGAUGCCUCGCCGAGCUCCGUGAACGGCUAUCCUCCGCCACGCCCACCUCCAGGACCAGGAGCCCACCCAGCCCAACUCCCACCGCUUCAGCCUCCUGGUCCUCGGUCUCCCACCUACCCUCCUUCGGAACCGAGAGAGGAUUAUUACCGCGACCGCCAGCCCCCGCCGCCUCACUACGCCGAUCCGUACCACCAAGACUACCACCGCGGAGGGCCUCCCCCGCCUCCUGGAGCACGGUAUCCCGAGUACGGCCCCCCGCAGCCUGGCCAGGGCAUGCCUAGGUAUGAAUACGGUCAUCCUGCAGCGGGCGGGCCUCGAUGGGACUAUCCCCCGGGUGCCGUGGCACUUCCCCAGGCUGCACCAAGACAGCGGACGUCCAUUGCUUGCAGAUACUGCCGGAAGAGAAAGAUUCGUUGCAGUGGUUAUCAGAGCGCGCCGGGAGGCAAAUGCGUGAACUGCAGCAGGAUGAACCAGGAGUGCAUCUUCCAACCUGUGUCCUCUAGCAGCUCAACAGCGUUCAUUCCCGUUUCCGCCGUGCCAGGCGGAGUUCCACCUGGCACGACGCUCUACGGGGCCAGCCGUACCCUCCUGGCCCCGGCGGCAACGGCUAUUAUCCGCAACCUUUGGCUUCUCCAACGACUUCGUAUCCACCGUACGACCCGCAUCGCGGGCCCAAUAGGCGUCGGCCGCGAGAGUCAGAUGAAGGGGACGAAUUACGACCACCACCGCCAGAUCCAGCCGCCGGCGAUGAUCCUCGACGGAGAUCUCCUGCAGCGUCCGACUCGAACCACAGCAGCCCGGGGAGCUACAUGCCCUAUCCUCCGGGCCACGGCGGAUCAUUCGACCCCAGAGGCCCACCCGCUCGUCAAAGUCCUGGGCAGUCGUCUCUGGCUCCUUUGUCAACGUCUGGUGAUGAUCGCAGCGCCACCUCGGGUCAACGUCACAGCAAUUCGUCAACCCCCGCUGCCUCUUCCAGUUCUGUCAUGA